AUUCAUAUUCAUAACUUCUAAGGCUUCAUUGCAACCUUCUUCGAGACGCAGAUGCGGGCGUAUACGCGCCGGGCCGCUGUAAGAUGCACGGCAGCACGACAACCUUCUAUCUCGUUGCCAGCACCGCGAAGUGUAAUUGCGACUACAUCUCACGUCAAAUGUAGAGCCACAAAGGUUUUCCCGCAUCACAGCGUCCAACGUCACUUUCACACCUACUUUGUCACUCACCUCCCAUCCUCCUCGUUACACCCGGACUCCCGCGCCCCAACCGGACCACACCACAAGCUACCUCGGUCCGCUGCUGCACCUCACACAGAAACUUCCGGUGUGGCACCCUUAUCUCCACCUCACUUACCCUCCAAUCGCGACUUGACCGUCGUUCGCAUUCCCCUACGGAGCGCCAAGCAUCAUUUCGGAGUGGCGGAUUCGAGAGGGUCCAGGGCAUACAAUGAAGAUACAAACCAGGCGGGCACGAUAGACAUUCCUGCUUUUGCAAAGCGCGCUCCUAUAAGUCUUGUUCGCAGUGCCAUGAACAAGGCGGGAGAAGGAACUUCGGCGGAUAGCCCUUAUGGAGAUCCUCAAAUAUUCUAUUUCGGCGUCUUCGACGGUCACGGAGGAACGCAGUGUAGCGCAUUUCUACGGGAUGAGCUUCAUGGAUAUAUCGAAGAAGCAGCCCAGGAAUUUGAGUUAAAAAGUAGCCUUCGGACGGGGCGGAAGGGUCGCGGAUCAGAUUCAGGGGCUCUCGGCGCGCCUACUACGAUCUUAUCGGAUUCCGAAGCGGGUGGUCAAAAGAAGCUUGAUGAGCUCGAUAUGAAGAGUUCAGAAGCUGUGGCGGCCAAGGCAGACAUACCAGAAAUAGACAAGGGCGGCGUAGCUCGCAAGGUUGAAAACCCCAACGCCAUCGACAGUGCCGAGCCUGUGCCAGCUAGAACGGCGGAAUCAAAGGCCCUGCAACUCCAGAGCGAACUAGUAAAGGAAUAUAAAAGCACGGUCGGCGGGUAUUUCCGGCGUUUUCACCCACCAUAUUUUCAUUUGAAACGGGAUUCUGAUCCCCCCGAACCGCCCAUUAGUGUCGAGACUGUUCUUACGUACGCGUUCCUCCGCGCAGACCUGGACUUCAUUGCCGCUCAAGCCCGUAAACCCGAUCCUGAUGAUCCUUACGUAGCUGAUACAGCUCUGAAUUUGGACGAAGUACUGGGGAAACCGCAUCAUCUCCCCCCUUCCGGUCAAGGCAUCGGCGGGCGGACGAGAUUUAAAGGAGGUUCAACAGCAUCGGUUGCUCUCAUCUCUACACCGACGCCUGCACCGUUCUGGCAUCCGGCUGCGAGUUCCACCCUGUUGGUCGCGCAUGUAGGCGACACGCGGAUUCUGCUAUGCGAGACAACUACUGGUCUCCCGCGCCCGUUAACUUCAGAUCAUCGCCCGAGUUCCCCGAGCGAGUCGCACCGGUUGCGUCGGUUCGCGGCGUCCUUCGUGACAGACUCUUUUGGAGAAGAGCGGAUCCAGGGCCUUGCUAAUUCUCGAGCAUUCGGGGAUAUGGCAUCUAAACGCCUGGGCGUCUCGGCCGAACCGGAGAUCACGCGGACAGAGCUGGGGCCGGCCCAGUACAGCUUUCUUGUCCUCAUGUCUGAUGGCGUGUCGGGAACGCUAGGCGAUCAGGAGAUCGUCGACAUAGUAAAAGAGGCUAAGACGCCUGAACAAGGUGCUAGGGAUGUUGUCGCGUACGCCACCGAGGUGAGCAGCGACGGUGAUAACGCAACGUGCCUCGUAGUUAGGCUCGGCGGCUGGGAGCGCAGGAGCGAGGGGGGGUUAGGAAGUCUAGGGACCAAGGAGAUUCGUGACUUUAGACGCAACGAAGCUAUGGAUCCGCGGCGGGGAAUAAGAUAGGUGGUCUAUCGUCCAGUAUAGACUCCACCGCUUCUCCUGAGGCACCCAAAAACAGAAUAUCAGCAUAUUUCACAUGAGGCUGUGUCGAGCGCUGCUCUACGAUUAAUAGAAUUAUAGGCCAUUGCCGCGCCCACCUGCAAGGACUUUAUGCCAUUCACCAAUUAUAGGUUAGGUAUUGUAAGGUAUGUACAGUACGUACUAGGUAUAUGUUUGUGGUUGGCCUCUUCGGCAGAGUUGAAAUAUUCAAGAAUAGGGGUUGAACUAGCUGGAACCUUUGUAGCAAGCGAGAACUAAAUAUUACCUUCUAAACCCAUAAUAUAAUGGUAUUAUUUUGACCUUAAA